CGGUUGGGUUUACGCGUUUUCGUCUUUACGGAGGAGCGCAUUGUUGGAAUCUUGAAAAGCCAUUCGGUCUCUUCUCUGAACGCUGUCGAUUCUGUUUCUUUAAUCGGAUAGGCUGUCUUCCAAGAAGUUUGCAAAGGUAGCUCAAUUGAGGAAAACGGGCGGGCCCUUGACUUGAACUAGGUAUUCCUUCCAGUCAACAGUGCCAUUAGAUCGGAACGAGGAACUGGAAUCACUCUAUUCCUUCCGUAAAUCCCCGAGCAAAGUAAACAAUAGCUACGACGCUGGUACGAUGAAGUACAUUGUGGUAACAGGUGGCGUCGUGUCGGGCUUGGGCAAGGGCGUGACGAUUUCUAGUAUGGGUCGUUUGCUCCAGGCCAGCGGUCUCCGAGUUACGGCCGUCAAGAUUGACCCCUACCUGAACGUGGAUGCCGGGACAAUGAGUCCGUUCGAACACGGCGAAGUUUUCGUGCUGCGAGACGGUGGUGAAUCUGAUCUUGAUCUGGGAAACUACGAGCGCUUUUUGGGCAUUGAACUCACCAGUGAUCACAAUUUAACCACGGGCAAGGUCUACCGCAAGGUGAUUCUCGCGGAACGCCGUGGUGACUACCUCGGUAAAACAGUGCAAGUGGUGCCGCACAUUACCGAUACCAUUCAAGACUGGCUCGAAAAAGUCGCGUAUAUUCCUGUCGACGGUACUGGCAAAGAAGCCGACAUUUGCUUGAUAGAAGUAGGGGGAACGGUCGGUGACAUUGAGAGUUCCGUCUUUUUGGAAGCCCUCCGACAAUUUCAGUUCCGGGUCGGGCACGACAACUUUUGUCUCUGCUUCGUCUCGCUUGUUCCAGUCUUGAGUGACGAGCAAAAGACCAAGCCGACCCAGCACGGAGUGCGCGAUUUGCGCUCACUCGGACUCAGUCCGUCGAUUAUUUUCUGCCGUUCCACGGAACCCUUGCAAGAGCCAACCAAGCAAAAGAUAUCCAAUUUUUGCCACGUGCAAGCUAAGAACGUAUUGAGUGUGCAUGAUGUAAACAAUGUUUACUUUGUACCGGGGCUACUGCAGGAGCAGAACUUACACGAGAUUUUGGGCAAGGAACUUUGCCUCGAUAAGCCAUUAAAUCCAGAUUUGGGAUCAUGGACCACCAUGGCGCAUUCAAUCGAACUAGCAUCUCAUACGGUGACGAUUGCCUUGAUCGGGAAAUACACUGGGCUGCAGGAUUCUUAUUUGUCGGUCAUAAAGCCUUGCGUCAUGCGGCAAUCGCAUGCAACGUACCUCGAAGACGAAAAGGAAGAAGGAUACAUUGGGAGUUGGGACAAACUCAAGGCGUCAGACGGUGUCAUUGUUCCUGGAGGGUUUGGACAACGUGGCUGGGAAGGCAAAAUUUUGGCCGCCAAAUACUGCCGUGAGAAUAGGAAGCCAAUUCUCGGAGUUUGUCUAGGUUUCCAGGCAAUGGUCGUAGAGUACGCCAGGAACGUUUUGGGAAUUGACCAAGCCGAUUCAACAGAAUUUGAAGAAUCCACACCAGAACCUUUUGUUUUUUUCAUGCCCGAGAUUGACAAGGAGACUAUGGGUGGAACGAUGCGACUCGGGGCGCGCACCACCAAGUUUACACACACCCUUGCCGAUGGAAGUAUGAGUGUUUCGCAACGCCUCUACGGAGGAAAAGAAAUGGUUUCGGAACGCCACCGACAUCGCUACGAAGUCAAUCCAGAAAAGGUUGAUGCCGUCCACGACGGUGGCUUGCGUUUUGUGGGCCGAGAUGAGACGGGCGAGCGAAUGGAGAUAGCAGAGUUACCGCAAUCGGAACAUCCUUACUACCUCGGAUGCCAGUUCCACCCAGAAUUUCUCUCUCGUCCUUUGAAACCGAGUCCUCCAUUCUACGGCUUAAUCUUGGCAGCCACUGGUAUGUUGGAGGACCACCUGCAGUCCGUAUUGUAAAACAACGGAAUCUUGAUUCGUCUAUACGAUCGCGUGGGCUGCCAUGUCUUUGCAAUAAAGCUUACGAUUUCAUGAUUACGACACAGUUGGCAAUAAGGAUUGCAAAAGGUUAAGGAAAUGGAAAAUUAAAAUGGUUACUUCUUUCACAGUAAGUUCAACAUCUCGACAAUUGCAAAUUUGGCAACAGUUCGGUAUCAACCAUAGAAAAAUUGGUUUGAAUCACAAAAUCUAACCUAUAGUGGAAAUUAGCCAUUG